AUGCUACACGCCGGUGGGCGCCUUUUAUUAUCAACAGUACGCGAGGAAUUUUGGCCACUGCACGAACGCAGAUUGGCGCACAGUACCGUACGAAACUGCUUUCGAUGCACUCGACUCAAUCCUGUACCUGCGCAGCAGCAAAUUGGUCAGCUACCCGUCUAUCGAAUCAUUCCAAGCCGUCCAUUUAGUAUCACCGGUGUAGAUUAUGCUGGCCCGCUCUAUCUCAAACCAAUCCACAAACGUGCCUCUCCGACGAAGGCCUACAUUUCCGUGUUCGUCUGCUUUGCCACCAAAGCUGUUCAUCUAGAGCUCGUGAGUGAUUUGACAACGCAGGCUUUCUUAUGUGCACUCCGUCGGUUCAUAGCCAGAAGGGGACGUCCAGCGCACAUUCAUUCGGACAACGGCAAAAACUUUGAAGGGGCUAAAAAUGAAAUGGGAAAAUUAUUUGCUAUGCUCAAAAACCAGAACGAAAUCGACGAAAUCUCAUCGUAUUGUACAGAGGAAGGAGUCACUUGGCAUCUAAAUACACCGAAGGCACCUCAUUUCGGCGGAUUAUGGGAAGCAGCAGUCAAAGUGGCCAAGAAGCAUCUAUUUCGGCAGUUGGGUCCAUCGCGCCUAUCGUUUGAGGAUAUCAGCACAGUGCUCACGCAGGUUGAAUCAAUGAUGAAUUCACGUCCUUUACUGCCAAUGUCUGAUGAUCCUAACGAUCUUGCUGCUCUCACGCCGGCCCAUUUUCUUAUCGCCUUGCCCGACCCAGAUCACCACAACAUUCCGGUCAACCGACUGGAUCAUUAUCAGCAGCUGCAGUUGCACGUUCAAAAAUGUUGGAAACACUGGCGCUCAGAAUAUUUGCAGGAACUGCUAAAGGAUACCACCAAGCAUUUGCGGAACGAACAAAUUUUGCCUGAUUAG